AUUCUUUCAGUAGAUUGGUGGAAAUGGUAAAGAUGGCUUAGAGUAAGAAGGGUGGACGAAAAACACACGGCCUUGGAUUCAAUUCAUAUAUAUGUAUUAUAUACAUGAAAAUUCUCAGAGCUAUCUAUAAAUACACCUCUUUUCAUACUCAGCCGUCUCAAGCAGCCAUCUCAUAUCCCUCUCUCUCUCUCUCUCCCCCCACUUAGUGAUGGCUUUCCCAAACCAUAUAGAGAUUACAAUCCCAAGAGAUAAUACAGGGCAAAACCAUGACAACAUUAGGAUUGUUCCUGAAAUAGAAGCAUUUGACUUAUCACUUAGUGCACAAUUUCUGCAAGCUGCUGUGUUAGGAGCCAACGACGGAUUUGUAUCUGUUGCCUCACUGAUGAUGGGGGCCGGAGCUGUCAAAGGCGGAGUUAGGGCUUUGAUCCUCACUUUCUUGGCAGGACUCUUUGCUAGUGCUUGCAGUAUGGCGAUAGGGGAGCUUGUCCAUGCGUCUUCUCAGCUAGAGGUAGUGAUAGCUCAGAUGAAGAGAGAAGGCUCGGCCAAUCCCUCUCGGCCUGCUGUGGAAGCAGUGAUAGCCCAGAUGAGGGGAGAAGGCUCAGCCUAUCCCUUUCGACCUGCUCUUGAAGCAACCCUCGCCUUUUCACUGGGGGCUUUCGCCCCAAUUCUCGUGGCUGCUUAUAUAACCGAAUAUACAGUUAGGUUAGCUGUGGUCAUUGUGGCUUCCACCACCAUGGCACUGACGGCGAUUGGCGGCCUUGGGACGGUGCUGGGACGGAGCCGGGUGGUCUCUUCCUGUGUUAGGGUGCUGGUGGGAGGCUGGAUGGCUAUGGCUAUUACCACUUGUUUUAUUAAAUUACUUACUGUUAAUUAGCGGUACAGCAAUUGAAGUGGCUAAAGAAUUUGAAGCGGAUAGAGGUGGACGCACACGAAGUGGUUAACAUGAUCGACGCUGCAGACCUCCGACAUGUCCUUCCAGAGAUCAGAAAUCAACUCAGGGGAUGUACAUUCAAAAUCUCGCACAUUCCCAGGGAAGGAAAUGCGAUCGUGGACUUCCUCGCGAAACAGGGGAAGAGGCAGGAAGGGCAGACUAGUUUUGACCAAGGAUCAGCCCCCCCUUUUGUUAAGGCAUCAGCUAGACUAGAUUGCAUGGGAGUCCCGAAUGGUGGACGACCCGAAGAAGACAACGAUGAAGGAAAUUGAGAGGGAGGAAACGGGCAAGAGUAACGGGGUUCAAAGGUAUCUUCAUGCAUAUCACGCCACCUCCAUACUCUAGCUAUCCGAUUGUAAGGUCUAGUUUCCUUGAUGUAUUUUCAUGCCACUUUUGGGCAUCAUGUAAACUCGUUUCUUGUGAAAUGUACAGGUUGAGGAUCCGCCUAACCCUCGGCCAGGAAGGCGUUUGACUAAAAAAAAAAAAAAUCUCUUAUUUUAAUUUUUAAGGAAUUUAAUUAC